UCCUAGCUCCCAAACAAGGCCCACAGAAAUGCUCUCUAUUCGAUUCAUGUUGUUUCGCAAAUUUUGGGGCUGUUUUCAUAUUAAGUAAUAUAGUUUGAAACAGAAAUUUGUAUUUGGAUUUCAAAAUGAAAAGUCACAGCUGGAUUCUUUUGUUAAUGCUUGAGCAGGGAGACUCUGUGACUGUGAGUACAAAUAGGCCUAUCGUAUGGUAAGUUCAAUGGUUUAAGUUCUUAUAAAGACUAUAUCAUCAAUAAGUGCUUUUUAUAUCUGUGUUUGUUUCGUAAACUGCUUAUUUUAUUUUAUUUUUUUGACUAAUUUUAAUUUGUCUGCGAAGCUCUUGUAUGGAUCGAGCACAUGCGAUUCAAGCAAACCUGUCACCAAAUUUCCCUAAUUUCUUGAAGACUUUGCGCAAAUCCUAUGUAACUAGAAAAUUCUGGCUGGUGAGUCAUCAAAGUUGGAAUGAAAAAAGAAAUCAAAAGUAUAAAUAAAAAAGCCAUACGAUUUUUUAUUUAUUUUUAAUUGUAGAUUCUUCCAAAGCCGUUUUGCCAUGCAAAUAUACCGAAGAAAGAUGGUUGGAUGGUUUUGUUGGAUGAAAAUGAUCGAGGGUAUAAAACUGAAUACUUGGUGGGGAGCCACACACUAAGUUCUGGAUGGAAAAGUUUCUCGAUUGCACACAAAUUGCGCGAGGGAGAUGUUUUGGUUUUUCAAUUGAUUGAGCCGUGCAAGUUUAAGAUAUACAUUGCGAAAGCUACUACGACCCUUCCAAAUCAAGAUCAUUUUCACCGUGAGCCAGUCGAGGCAGUGAAACCAGAGCCAGAAGAAGAAAAUACAGACAAUACCGGGACCAGGAGAGAUAAAUAUCUCGAGUAUCGAUCAAAAAAGAAGGAAAAAAUAAUUCCUAUUAGUAAGCCAAACGGCAUAAGAUCCUCGGAAUGUUCUCUUGUCAGUUUUAAAGACAUAAAGGGCUUUAAAGAUUUCAGCAUUUACGUAGAUGCCCGAAUUCUCGACUCCGAAAUACCAACUCAUUGUAAAGCCAAAUACUACGAGCUCUGCAAAAGUCAAAACAUGUUUCUUCACGAAAAUAUCGUACAGGGGCUUAACGGUAAAUUGGCGGUCGAGAUGAUUUCUGAAUUGAUCAAGAUAGCCGAUUCGAUCAGGGCCGCCGAUUCUAAGACGGGCACCGAUCGAAUGGAGGGGUGGGAUAAGACUUUGAAGGCUUUUGAGGAUUUAGGUAUGGUGGUGGGAUUUUUACGUGUUAGAAUACGUAAGCUGAUUCGUGUUUUCCGUGAAUACGGAGCUGAUAUCGAGUUGAUGAGAAUCGAGAGAGACGAAGCUGAAGAAGAGAGGAUAGCUCUAAAUGUGAAGCUCUGGAGAGUUGAGAAUCGGAUUGGACAGAUAGACGACGAGAUUGAUGCUCUUCGUAGUGUGAAAAACGAGGGCGUGGGCCCCGUUUUUAAGAAAAUUGCUUGUGCUCCAUGGUGAAAAGGCUCUAUUUACAGUGAGGUGAUACAUAGACAAUUCAAAAAAACCAAAAGCAUAAUAAUUGUAGAUGCCAUAAUUGGGAGACUAAUGCAUGAAGUUCGUAUAUAUAAACACUAUAUCAUCGAUAAGCGAUCUUCAUGCUUCGGAUCUGAAUUUUGUUUCGUUGAACCGUUUUAUUUAUGUCUAUUUGUAAUAAUAGUUCUUUUGGUCUGCGAAGCUCUUGUAUGGAUCGAGCACGAGCGAUUCAAGAAAAUCUGUCACCAAAUUUCCCUAAUUUUAUGAAG